UUGGCUGCAGCAUCCAGGCAGGAGGAAAGCAAGGCUUGGAAAUUCAUUCAAUCUCUUCCCUCUCCUUGUGCCAAGGAAGCGAUGAAAUUUCCAAUCGAGACACCAAGGAAACAAGUCAACUGGGAUCCUCAAGUAACUGUUCCGGCAGCUGUUCCCCCAGCUUGUGAGCCUGAAACCAAUAAAACCAACGUACAUCAUCCAGGACCACGACUUUCUCUUUCCUCCCCACGGACCAGUGUGAUUGUCAGUAUGGAAGCCCCAUCACAGGGUUUACAGACAGUCAUGAAGUGGAAAACAGUUGUGGCUAUCUUCUUUGUGGUUGUUGCUUACCUCGUCACUGGGGGCCUUGUCUUCCGCGCCCUGGAACAGCCAGAAGAAAACAGCCAGAAGACCAGGAUAGCCAACGAUAAGGCAGAAUUCCUGCAGGAGAACAACUGUGUUUCUCAGCAAGAGUUGGAGGCAUUGAUUAAGCGGGUCAUCAAUGCUACCAAUGCAGGAGUCAAUCCUGUAGGAGACUCCUCCAACAGCAGCAGUCACUGGGAUCUCGGAAGUGCCUUUUUCUUUGCCGGAACUGUCAUCACAACUAUAGGGUAUGGAAACAUUGCCCCGAGCACAGAAGGUGGAAAAAUCUUUUGUAUUUUGUAUGCCAUCUUUGGGAUUCCACUCUUUGGCUUUCUGCUAGCCGGCAUUGGUGACCAGCUUGGAACCAUCUUUGGGAAGAGCAUUGCAAGAGUGGAAAAGGUUUUUCGAAAGAAACAAGUGAGUCAGACAAAGAUCCGUGUGAUCUCAACCAUUCUCUUCAUCCUGGCUGGUUGUGUCCUUUUUGUCACCAUUCCAGCAGUCAUUUUCAAAUACAUGGAAGAAUGGUCGGUUCUGGAUUCCUUUUACUUCGUAGUAGUCACUCUGACCACAGUUGGUUUUGGUGAUUUUGUGGCAGGAGGAAAUGCUGAAAUCCCUUACCGGGAGUGGUAUAAGCCCUUGGUGUGGUUCUGGAUUCUUGUAGGCCUUGCCUACUUUGCUGCUGUCCUCAGCAUGAUUGGAGAUUGGUUACGGGUUAUUUCAAAGAAGACUAAAGAAGAGGUUGGUGAAAUAAAAGCCCAUGCAGCUGAAUGGAAGGCUAAUGUGACUGCAGAGUUCAGAGAAACCCGCCGACGGUUGAGUGUGGAGAUCCAUGAUAAGCUCCAACGGGCAGCCACCAUCCGUAGCAUGGAGCGCCGGCGCCUUGGUCUGGACCAGAGAGCCCAUUCAUUGGACAUGCUGUCCCCAGAGAAGCGCUGCGUCUUUGCUGCCUUGGACAGCGGCCACUUCAAGGCUUCAUCUCAGGAAAGCAUUAACAGCAAACCGAACAACUUGCGCCUUAAAGGAUCAGAGCAGUUGACCAAGCACGGGCAGGGGGCAUCCGAGGACAACAUCAUCAACAAAUUUGGCUCUUCGUCCAAGUUGACCAAGAGGAAAAACAAAGACCUUAAAAAGUGUAUUCCGGAAGAUGUACGGAAAAUAUACGAGACAUUCCGGAACUACUCCUUGGACGAAGAGAAGAAAGAGGAGGAUUCUGAGAAAGGGUGUCACUCGGACCACUCUAGUACUGCUGUCCUCACUGACUGUAUUGAGCAACACUUGGGUUUGGAGAAUGGAAUUAUCCCCAGUGAAACCAAAGAAAGGGAACAUGAAAACAAAUCAUUACUUGAAGACAGGAAUUAAAUGUCAAAUCUGUCUUUUGACUGUCUGCAGACCCAAUGUUAGUUUUUUAUACAUGUACAUGGUAUAUAGAUAGUUAGGUAGAUAUAUGUAUCAAGACACGUGCCUUAAACAGACUCCAAAUUCAGUCUGAAUUACAUAGCAUCCUAGAAUAUUUCACUGUGCCAUAAUGACCGAAGCUUGCUCUGCCAAAAGAAAUCACAGAUAAAACCCUGGAGAAUGGCACCUGAAUGUGGAAUAUGACAGCAUCAGCCUACGUAUGUCCUUCAAAAGUGCCAUGGUAAUGCAGCUGGAAGGUGAACAGCAAUGGCAGGAAUGUGUGUGUGAGUUCAGAGUCAGACAUCUUGCAAGAGCAUUUGGGGUAGUGAGGAAAGAAGGCCUCUGCGUGUCUUUGCAAUGAAUCACACAUUUCUUCUCUCCCUUUUUAUAAAAAUGCAAAAUUAUGGGGUGAAUGGUCAAUAAGGCAGUCUUUAUAGUUUGAUCUAGGAUCCAAAUAUGAUUGUCCCCCCAAUGUAUGUUAAAACCACUGAAUUAGCUUUCAGUAAUCCAAAAACAUAAAAACAAUAAUGUGCCCACAUAUAAGGAAGCCACCUGGAUGCCAAGGAAACAGUGAUGAAAAUAGUGCAGGAUGCUUUUUUAACAGGGGAAAGAAAAGAAAACCCAUGGAAACAACACAUUGUGAAUACUUAUCAUGACAAAUGAAGAAAGAGGGGGAAAUGAAAUAGGACUCAAUAAUACUAGGGGAUAAACUUCAGAACUUUAGAAGCUGCUUUUUAUGGGAGAAGAAAACAUCACAAUCUUGUGCUUGGUUCAAUAAGCAGUGAGCCACUUUCCUUUUUAAAUUUUUUUGCGUUCACACUUUGUAUUACUGAGGAGCUUCAGUUUUUAAGCUGUAAUUCUGUGAAGACAGAAAACAAAGCCUUUGCAUGUUGUCAAGCAUUUGCUAUUCUCUGUAGCAAGAUGUAAAUCUUUAAAAAGAAAAGAAGGAAAGUAGUAGAUGUUAAGUUCAUAGACAAUGUAAAGUCAAAGGGGCAGGGCAACUUUCAGAUCUCAGGGCUCUGUGUCCCUUUUAACAUGAAGGGUUAAAGAAGAAAGACAAGUCACCUUAAAUUCCGCAAAGAAGAUGAUGACAAAAUGUGAUGAAAUAUUUUAAUGCUUUAAGUGCCAUUAAUAACAUCAUAAUUGUGCAACUGUUGAAUCACAUAUUUUAACAAAUAUGCUCCCUUAAGUUUUACAUUUCUUUCCUGUUUCUUUAGCUUUCCUUUCUUCCAUCCUCCCCUCCCUCAGAACCUAAGGAAUAUCUCAUUCUUUUUCUCAAACCAAAUGGCAAGCGGAAAAAAAUCACAUGUUUUAUAUUCACUGUCAUAUCAUUGCUGUGUGGACACAGAAAGCACAAAUUGUUUUAACUUCAAAAUGAAUGUUAAAUGAAGAGGCUGUGAGAAAGUUAAUCAAUGGGAAAUACAUACAAUGCUGGA